AUGAGUAACCGUUUAUUUCGGAUAAAUAUCCAUGUAGAAGCGGCUGAAGUCUCGGUAAGUUUAUUAAUUUGUAAAACUUUGAUAACAACAUAAAAAAUGCGUUUUUUUUCAGAUGGAUAGUGUGGCGCAUGUAGAAGCGGCUGAAGUCUCGGUAAGUUUAUUAAUUUGUAAAACUUUGAUAACAACAUAAAAAAUGCGUUUUUUUCAGAUGGAGAAUGUGGCAAAUUCAGAAGCGGCUGAAGAAUCUGUAAGUUUAUUAAUUUGUAAAACUUUGAUAACAACAUAAAAAAAAUAACGCAUGCCCGUUUUUACAGUUCGCUAACGAUUCUCUGGAUAGGAAGAUGAUCGAACUUGUGACUAGUCGAGCUGUUACAGCUGAAUCGAAACUGGAAGCGUGUAGAUUCCAGCUAAAACGUAGAGAACAAGAAAUCGAAACGUCAAAAGUUCUCAGAAACAAUCAAAUCGCCGCGUUUGAUAAGACUCGUUCGGAACUCAAAGAAGCACAAAACAAACUGAAGGAAUCGCUCGAAAAUACGAAGAAAAAAGAAGAGGAGUUAAUCGAAUUGGGCCAAAAGUGUAAAAGCGAAAUCGGAGAAGUCAUCGAACAAAAACAAGAUGUUGAUUAA